GUUAUAAAUUUGUUUAAAAAUGAAGAGAACACUUUGGCUACUCUCAGUCUGUACUUCAGCAUACGCUCUUUCGAUAGUUCCCCAAGAAUUUAGAGCUGCUUGGGUGAUAGUCGCGGAACCACAUCGUGUUGAUUGCGAAUGUAAGACGAAGGUAUCACCAGAUCUAUCCGAAAGAGCUCUUUCGUUAGCGGAAAUGCCAGGGGAUUCGUGCCUAAAAUGUUACUUGUUGUGUAUUUGCGAAAAAUUAAACCUCAUAAAUCCGGCAACGUUUGAGUUUAACGUAGACGAAAUUGUACGUACUGUGGCUGGGAUGGACGAAUUUAUAGCAUCAAACUGCGUAAACGCAAGCAGCACAAAGGACCCCUGCGAAAAAGUCUAUCAAGCUAUACUCUGCAGUAUAUAUUCGCUGCUUGUGCCCUACACGUGGUAGGUAAAUUGAUCUGACUAGGUGCAGUAAGAAUUCGAUAAAUUUAAGAAAGAUUCUUCGCCGCUUUAUCAUUAUAAGCAUCAUACUAGAAAAGUUAAUAUUAAUGCUAGAUUAUGAGAGUUGUGGCACUUAGGAAUCGGUUACAAAUAAAAAAAAACGGAUUGCGCAUGUGCAAAACAAAUUUUUUGAUUCGACAUUAGUUUCAAGUUUAUUUGAGGUACACUACAUACAAAAUUUCAUUUAAAUAUCUUAACAAAGGAAAAUUGGAUCUCGCAAAUACAAAAGUUAUCGUGGACAACGCACAACUGCACACGGACAGACAGGUGGAUAGUCGGACAGA